CUUUCUUCCGGCUGUCCCGAAGCACGAUAGUUUGCUACACACAGCACGUGUAAAUUUUCAUAAAAUAAAUUAAAAAUGGAUAAACCUGUAGUUCUUGCUCGCGUUAUGAAAGUCUUGGGCCGUACAGGAUCCCAAGGACAAUGUACACAAGUUAAAGUUGAAUUUAUUGGUGAACAAAACCGACAAAUCAUCCGAAAUGUCAAAGGACCAGUACGAGAGGGUGAUAUUUUAACACUUUUGGAAUCUGAACGUGAAGCUAGAAGACUAAGAUAGAUUAAUUCUAAAAUGUGAGAGGUGAUAUCCUGAACUAUAAUAUCUGGGUUCAAUUAUUUGUAUGGAAUUAUAAAUAUACGACUUAUCACUCCCAA